UGUAGAGAGAGAAAGUGGGUUUAGGACGAAAAGCGGUUUUGGUAAAAGGAGAAAGGUUUUAUAGUACCUACCAUAUAUGGAGAGUUAAGACACAAAUUUCCUUAUGUAGAAGACGACUCCUAGCUCAAUUGGGAAACCACAGAGAGAGAUAGAUAAAGAUUUAUAUUUAGAGAGAGAAAGUAGAGAGAGAAGCCAGGAAAGAAGACUUAUUGGUCAUCAAAGCAAAAGGAUCAUGGGAAGGGGUAAGAUUGUGAUUAGAAGGAUUGACAACUCAACAAGCAGGCAAGUGACCUUCUCAAAGAGGAGGAGUGGACUGCUGAAGAAGGCUAAGGAGCUUGCUAUCUUGUGUGAUGCUGAGGUUGGUGUUGUCAUCUUCUCUAGCACAUCCAAGCUUCAUGAGUAUUCUAGCACAAGCAUGAAGUCAGUGAUUGAGCGAUACCACAAAGCAAAAGAGGAGCACCAGAUUACAAGCCCGGUUUCAGAUGUCAGGUUUUGGCAGAGGGAAGCUGCAAUGUUAAAGCAACAACUACAGAGUUUGCAAGAGAGUCAUAGGAGAAUGAUGGGUGAAGAGCUUUCUGGUUUAGCUGUCAAAGAUCUACAGGGCAUGGAGAGCCAACUCGAAAUGAGUCUCCGAAGUAUCCGCAUGAAAAAGGACCAACUACUUUUCGAGGAAAUCAACGAACUAAACCAAAAGGGAAAUCUUAUCCACCAUGAAAAUGUCGAACUGUAUGAGAAGGUAAACCAAAUCCGUAAAGAAAACGCAGAACUUCAUAAAAAGGUUUAUGAAAUAAGGGAAGCCGGUGCAGCAAACAGGAAUACCUUUUUAACAAAUGCGUUAACCAUACGAGAGAAUCCACACACUACCAUACAUCUCCAGCUGUCACAACCAGACCAGCAUGAAGCAACCGAAGCAUCACUACAAUCUACAAACUUGGGAUUACAACUACACUAAAAAGAAGACGAUGAGAGUAAUGCGCAUAUAGUUUAAAUGUAUCUAUUAUUAGUCAGUGGUUUUGGGAUCAUGCACAAUUCGGAUAAAGUUAAUGAAGUGAAUAAAUUGAAGGUCAAAUAACUGAUCGAGUCAGGUUAUACAUUUUAUUACAUGGAUAUUGUCAUUUCAGAUUUGAGUAUUGUGAUGAAACAACAAUGGAUGUAUAUAUUUAUCUAUUUGAACA